CACCCUAAAUUCCACCCGUCGUAGUAGCAAAUGAAGAAACGAAAAGAAAAACGCUUAAUUACCGAAAUCCAAUGAAACGGAAGCUUCGAGAACAAGAACCGAAGUCCCCGCCGACGAUAGCAGAGAGAGGAGACAGCGAAGAAAUGGAGUCCCCCGAGCAGAGAAGGUAGCAUUUCAUCUCCUCCUCGGACCCUCGUCCAUCGCCGCUGCUCCACCAGGGGUAUUUUUGAUUUCUGGAUCCAGGCGAAAAGCCUGCGUCUGUUUUCUUCGUCAUGUCGACUACGCUGAUUAGUAGCGGGGGAGAAGCCUCCGUGGCGGCGGCGGCGGCGGCGGCGGCAGUAGUGGAGUUGGAGUUCGUGGCGUGCGACUGCUGCGGCCUCACGGAGGAGUGCACGCCGGCGUACAUCGCGAUCGUGCGGGAGCGGCACGGGGGCAAGUGGCUAUGCGGCCUCUGCGCGGAGGCCGUGCGGGAUGAGCUCCUACGCUCUGGACUCGUGAUCUCGACGGAAGAGGCCAUGGACCGGCACGCCACCUUCUGCCGGAGCUUCAGGUCCGCCAAGGCGGCGGCGGUCGACCCGUCGGAGCAGUUGAUCGCGGCCAUCAAGCAGUGCCUCCGGCGGAGCCUCGAGGCGCCGCGGGCUGUGCGAUCGACACCGAGCAGCCCCCGGACCGGUGUCGGCCUUGGGGCCCGGUCCAACUUGGUCCGGACCGGGAGCGGCUUCCCCGAUCUGCUUGGCUGAGAAGGGAGGCCGAAAAGAGGAAUAAUAACAUUACCGAAGAAGGUAAAUAUUCUCCCAGUUGCAGUCCAGAACAUACCAAUCUCCAUGUUCGGAAGAACAACUUUCUGCUAGGCCAGAAAUCUAGGUAAUUCUCCUAUUCAAUUAUUCUCAAUUGUAAAUGCUACUUGCCAGUCGCGGUAGAUGGAAGAAUUCCAUUUUCCAUAAUUUAUUUAGAGAUUCUGCAAA